AUGCAGGUGGAAAAUCAGCUGAAAGGCCUGGUGUGGAAGUUAUUGCUGGUGAAUAUUUUAUCAUGUGGGCUGGAGUUGUGUUUGGCUACAGGAAGUGUCUACAUCCCACCUCUGUUGCUGCAGGCCGGUAUGGAGGAACGCUACAUGACCAUGGUGCUCGCGGUAGGCCCUGUUCUGGCUUUGAUCUUUGUACCCAUGAUUGGCUCGACUAGCGAUUCAUGGCGAGGCAGUUUUGGUCGGCGCCGGCCUUUUAUCUGGAUCCUGAGCCUGGGAGUUUUGUUGGGUCUGCAAGUCAUGCCUCAUGCCUGGCGCCUGGCUGUGCUGAUGUCUCCACAGCGCUCUCAUUGGCUGGAAGCUGUCCUGCAGGCUGCAGCGGUGUGUCUGAUGGAGUUCUGUGGACAGGCUUGCCUCACCCUGCUGCUGGCCCUGCUUUCAGACCUGUUCCCUGGUGAGGAAGAAAACCGCAGAGCAUUUUCAGUUAAUUCUCUGAUGACCAGCCUGGGGGGGUGCCUGGGGUUCCUGCUCCCUGCAGUAGACUGGAGCCAAGCACCCUUAGCAACAUACCUUGGAGGUCAGAAGGCUUUCAUCUACACCUUACUCACCGUAUUCUUCCUCAGCUGCCUCUUCACCACAGCCUUUAUCCCGGAGGAGAGAGGAUCCAGAGGAGGGGAGAGAGUGACUCUCAGCUGUAGGAGUCUGAGAAGCUGGAGCAACAGAUGCUGCCCUCUCUUCUUCCUCCCGAGGCCGCAGUGUUUCCGUGUUGCACUGGGCCAUUGCCUAUCGGCCUGUAUGUCAGUGUUACCUCAUAUGUAUGCAGCAUGUGUGCAUGUGCCAGCGGUCAUAUGGAGACUGUUCACCGCAGAGAUGUGCAGCUGGAUGUCGCUGAUGAGUUUCAUGCUCUUCUUUGUUGACUUCAUGGGGGAGGGAUUGUACCAGGGGGUACCGAGCGCAGAUCCAGAGACACAGGAAAGGAAACAGUAUGAUGAAGGUGUACGUGUGGCCAGUCUGGGACUCUUCCUGCAGUGUGUGGUGUCGGUGCUGUGCUCAAUGUUAAUGGACUGCUGGGUUGCUCUGCUGGGAGCCAGGGUGGUGUACAUCAGCAGCACGGCUCUGCUGGUGUUCACCACCAUCACCAUGAGUGUCUCAGACAGUGUGAUCACCAUCACUGUCAUGGUAGCCAUAACAGGAUACACAAUCAGCGUCUUGCAUGUCCUACCAUACACGCUGCUGUGUUUCUAUCACUCUGACAAACAGGCUUUUUUCACCUCGUCCAAGCCCAGACUCCCUCAGUUCAGUGACCCUGAUGACCCACCGCUCGCCAAGCCCCCCCUCACCAAUGGUCAAGCCACUCCUUACGCUAACCACAGCACAGGAGGGCUGACUUUACCCGGAGCAGACCCCUCUGUUGGGCCACUGUUUGCGGGUGGAAGCGACAGAGGCGAAGCUGACUGCACACCAGUCUCCAAAAGAGGGUUGUGUUUUGACAUGGCGAUACUGGAGAGUGCUUACUUGCUUUCACAGGUGAUGCCGGCAAUGUGCCUCGGCGCGAUAGUGCAGCUGGCGAACAGUGUGAGGGCCUACAUGGCAUCCGCCUGCUGCUUUAGCCUGCUGGCUUUGCUCUGCUCCACCAGGGUCGUCUACAGCCACACUGACCUCCAACGCUGA